AUGGCCGGCAGGGGCUUGUUGGGCGAGGGGGAGCUGGAGCUGCUGCUGGACGCCGCCUUGCGCCGCAGCCAAGGCAUCUGCUUCCUGGGCCAGGUGCUGCAAAGCCUCUUCAGCCGACCCGGCUACUUCAUGUCUCUGGCACAGGAGGGCGGGUCCUUGCUGCAAGCGGCACUCUUGAAGCAGCUCACCCGCCGAGACCCGCAGGCCCUCGGCCUUGCAGGCGCCGUGGCGGAGGAAGAGCGCCGUCAGCUGGCCUUGGCCUGUGGCAAGCUGGCGAAGCAGCAGCUGCUCCAAUUGGCCGCGCGGCGACCAGAGGAGGCGCCGGGUAUGGCCAAGUUGGUGGACAGCCUCGGCGCGUGGCGCGCUGGCGCUUCCAGUGAGGAGACCGGCGAAGGCGAAUGCGAGGCGCUGCGCCAGCAGUUGAUGGAGAAGCUGCGAAGCAAGAAGCGGAAGCACCGGGAAGAUCCGAUCCCCGAGGACGGCGCGGCGGCUGCGGCGGAAGCGGAUGACGCGGCCGCGAUGGCGGUGCUCGAGGUUGAGGACGACGCAGAGCGGCGCCAAGCAUACCUGAAGCUGAGCGACGACCAGAGGCUCGCAGCCCUCAAGCGUGGGGCAUCCAAGGUGCUGGCCUGGGAUCGCGCGGCGCUGGCGCGCCUGGCGCUGACCCAGGAGCCGCCCUGGUCUGUGAAGACGAAAGACUUGUCCCUGGACAUGGUGCCGCUGCUGGAGCAGAUUAGUUGGCUGAACCCCGCGGUGCGCGGGGCUCUCGCAGUGCAGCUCUCCUGGAAGAUGGGCGCGCCCAAUGCCGUGCUACGGUUAGCCGCCGCCCUUGCGCAGUUCGAGCCGAUUGCGGCGCUGGACGCAGUGGAGGGCCUGAAAGCAAGCGCUCUGCGCCCUUUGCCACCAGAGGAGCACUUGCUGGCAUUGCUGCACAACAACCCCUUGCCCAUGCUCGAGAAGUUGGUGAUAAAGGCAAUGGAGGACGAUGGAGGCCUCCGUGCCGCACUCUUCUGGCUCCACUUGGGGCGGCGCAAAAGUCCCGCGGCAUGCCAGUUCCUGGAGAAGAUCUGCGAUUUGGAGUUGCAAGAGGAAGAGCUGCUGCAAGCCGCGGAGCCAGUGGCUGCCCUUCUUGAAACCGAGGAGCUGGAGCCACUGGAGGUGCAGCUCAAGCGCUUCGUGAAGCUGGGCGGAAGAGGCGCGGCCCGGGUGCUCCGCGCACUGAAGCCGCGGGCGGCGGAGGCGCCCUGGGCGGUGGCCGCGGCGCGGAGAGCGCUGAGCGAAGGCGAGGGUCUGCCUUUGUGGCUGCUGGAGCACGCGCUGCUCUGGUGGCCGCUGCUGCUCGCAAAGAAGCCGAAGCUGGAGCCGUUUUUGCAGAAGGUGCAAGCGAGCUACAGCGCCUCUUUGUCUCGCGCCGAUCUGCUGAGCCGGGACCUCUUGCUGGCCGCCGCGGGCAUGGAGGAAGGCUGGGGUUCUCCCUGGUCCUUCCGACACUGGGCGGCGAGUUUGAAGCCCUGGACCAAGUCCUUCGAGUGGGACCUGGACCAACGCAGGGUGAAGGCUACCACGGACCACUUCCGAUUCGACCGGUGCGCCUCCAGCGCCGAAACCAGCGCGUCGGAGCGGGAGAAGGACAAGGGCGAGGACGCCUAUGACAUCGCCUACCUCCUGCCCUUCCUGGUAGGCCAGCUUCGGUUGACCUACCAGGAGAGCGAUGGCUGGGGAUCGCAGGCCUUGGGCGCCACGCUGGGCGCGGUGUGCCUUGGGGGGGCGGUGGAGAUUUUGCUGCUGGCCACCGCCUGCAGCGAUCCUACGCUGCGCGCCUGCGCCUUUGAGGCUCUCUCAAUCGUCCUGGCGGUGGCGAACCUAUGGAACGUCACCAUUGUCGAGACAGAGGAGGCCACGCGGCUGCCCUUCCGAGAGUUGCCUGAGCUUGUGCGGCUUCUGUGCUACGUACGGGAUGCCGUUGAACUGCCGGAGGACGGCGUGCCGGAAACUUCGCGCCUGGCGGCGUCUUUCUUCGCCGCCUGCGUGCCCGUCGUUGCGCAGCCCCAGCAUUUCCUGUACCCGGCCCUGGCCAAGCAUUUCUUGGGCCGGCCUGCCGCCAACUUCCAGGAGAUCCCGCUCUUCCACCAGCUGAUGUUCUCCGGCACUGCAGAUGUCGGCCAGGAGGCACGCGUGUGGCUCCUGCGGGUGGUACGGCGUGGUUUAGGCGGAGGAAGAGAUGCCGGAGACAAGCUCACGAGGCGCGCGCUGAUGCGACGCAAUGUCCUGCCGUGGGCCAUGAGCUUCGCGGGGUCCAGGGAGAUGGGCAGCUUUCCCGUCUCUAUGGAGGCCCUCAGCUGCGUGCGGGAGGCACUGCAUGCCUCCGCCCUCGCCGCAGAGGGCGCGGCCCUGCGGCUGGGAGUCGCCGAGUGGAUCGCCAACCAGGCUGCGCGCGGGCCCUCGCGCCACUCGCCACAGGCGUUGCUGGCAUUGGGCCGUGUGGUUGGCGCUUUGCUUCAGAUGGCAAGCCGCGCUGAGAGCAGAUUGGCCGAUGGGCUGCAAUUGCUGGCCAUAGGCCGAGCGCUGAAAGCUUUGGCGGCUGCUUUCCGAGACGCCUCGGAGCCUGCGGCCUCCGAAGAGGAGGAGGCCUCUAAGCAAGCUUCGAGGCAGCACGCUGUCACCAUGCUUUGGGAGCACGCCCGGUGUCUCGCCAGACUCUUGACCAGUCUGAAGGCGGAGCCAGAGCCUGAUCAGACGGAGGGGGCGCCUUUGGCGCGCCUGGCGCUGGCGUCAGAGCUGGAUGCAACCUUGCGGUUGCUCAGCUCUUGCGGUGGGAAGGAUAGCCAAGAGAGGCAGAGUGAAGCGCUCGCACGAGCGGCGCAACACGGCGAUGCCUUGAGAGACGUCAUGGUCCUCCUCCAGGCCUGUCCUCUCAGCGCCUUGCUCUACGACACCGCCUGCGUAUUGUUGCAGCUCGCCGCGGAUUCCGGCGAGGCUUGGAGCCUGGACAUUCAGCAGGAGGCAGUGGCAGCCUUGUGGCAGAUCCUGCAGACCAAGACCAAGGUCGCCGCUGGCUCAGGGGAGGCCAAAGAUAGCCUUCGAAAAUUGCUUUGCGCCCUGCUGGCAUUGCCGCAUAGUGCUUCCGUGGCAUGGCGGCUGCGGCUGCUGAGUGCGGCCAUUCUGUCGCUGGGCCACUCGCCGGAUGCGACGAUGCAGAGGUUGCUGUCGCAGCUGCCGGGCCCCAGCGCCGCGCUCGCGGAGAGCGGCGGCCCGGACGAAGGCGCGGGCGUUUCCUUCGCCCGCUCGGCGGGCAAGGCCAGCUACCGCCCCUUCUUCGAGCACUUGGCCGCCAGCUGCGUGCCUGCGGCCCGGCGCCUGGCCUCGGCGCUCCAAAAACACCGCCACGGAGGCCUCGGCUUCGUGGAGGCGCCCGGCCUGGCGCGGCGCCGCAUGAAGGUGGCGAUCUUCCUGGAUCAGACCUGCCGAAACUUCCUGUCGAUGCAGCGCAGCGCGGCGAAGAUUCAGGCGGCAGAGGAGCUCAAGAACUUGUGCGACUCUGUUGCCCUGCCCUUGGCCUUGUCCGUGCUGGCAGAUGUCGGCCUGCAGGGCUCGAGGUUGACGCAGCUGGGCUCCGUGCCGGAGCUCUGCUUCUUCUCCCUGGUGCUGCGGCACUCGCGGCAGCGCGAGUUCUUGCGCCUCGCGCAAGGCGUGCUGCUGGCGCUGCAAAGAGAGCGGCCGAGCGGCGCCUUGUGCGCGCGCUUCCUGGAGGAGACCCAGGAGGCCAUCGACGCCAUUGCCGUGGAGGCCUAUUUGGAGGAGGCACUCACCACCCACGUGCCUUCGCCCAUGCGGGUGCCGGACUUCGCGCCGCGGGUCAGCGUCUUGGACGAGCGGUGCCGCGCCUUUGGAGAGAGCGGAAGCUUCUUGACGCCCCUCAGCUCGCUGGAGGGCCACGGUUUGGUGGAGCACUUGCGGCGGCAGUUGGAGGCCUUGGGCUUGCUUCAGCCAGACGCCGGCAUCGUGCUGAGCCUCUCCGGGGGCGUGGACAGUAUGGUCACCUGCUGCCUGCUUCGGCUGCUGCAGAAGACUGUGCCUCUCCGGUGGUGCGCCAUGCACCUCUGCCACCCCAACCGCGAGGACGCCAAGGACGAAGAGGCCUGGGUGCAGUGGAGCUGUCACAAGCUCCAGGUGGACCUCCUCAGCUACCGACCCCAGAUCCGGCGCCCCCACGGGGAUCUGCGCACGGGCAUCUCGAGGGAACGCUACGAAGAGAAGUCCAAGGAGAUCCGAUUCCGCAUGUAUCAGCUGUGUUUGCAGCGCCUGGGGGUCUCAAAGGGAGCCGCCCUGGUGGCGCACCACGAAGACGAUGCGGAUGAGAACCGGCUGGCGGAGCUGGGGAAAGGCAACAUCGUUCACAUCAACGGGAUGGCUGCCAGCGGAGAGACGCUGAACGUCACGGUGGUACGGCCCCUCUUGAAGGUGCGCAAGCAGGAGCUUCUAGACUUUGCCGACCAGGCACAGGUCUGCUACAUGCAGGACUCCACGCCCAAGUGGAGCAGACGCGGAUGGAUCCGGCACGUGUUGGACGAGUUGAAGCUCCAUGAUGCCUCGGACUUCGGGCGCUUCUUGUCGCUGCUGUCGAAGGCCGGCGAGGCCUCCGAGCUGCUGGGGGAGGCCAUCGACGCGUCUCUGGGCGCCUGGAAGCUGAACGACAUCUACACGGGAGUCGUGGCGGUGCCGGCUACGAGUUUCGAGGAGAAGAAGGGCUCCAAUGAAGCUGAACCCGACGCGGUGCAUUUUCCCGCCACGGAUGUGCAGGUGGUGGUCAUGAGGAUGCCCGCGUUGUUCCAGCUAUCCAAAGACUUUCAGGCCAAGGUGACGGACCUCAUGGAGGACUUCCGCCAGAUCGCGCAGCUUUGGAACGUCGCGAUCCAGCAGCAAGCGAAGGGACGGCUGGCGCUCGAGGAUGAAGUGGACGGGGACGACCAGCCGGGCACUUGCCCACUGCAACCCAUCCGUGUAUGCGACGGCAACUUCGAGAUGGGUCCCUUUGUCCUGGGCCGCGGCAUCUGCGUGGCGCUGAACGCCAUCCCGGAAGUGGACCAUCUGCUGAAGGGCCAGCUGGCUGCCCGCCGCGCGGCCGAGGGGAGCGUUGAGCCAGAGGCCCUUAGAUGA